AUGAGCACCCCCAGCCCCCUCCCCCCCAAUGCCAAGUACGAUGACCAGGGCAUCUACCUAUCGUUCAUCGCCGGCGGCAUCCUGCUCGCCGUGCUUGGUGGGUGCAUGGCAUUCCUCAGCUACACCCCCAUCCUGUGGAUCAAGCGGUUCUAUCGACCGAACCAUACCGUAGAGCCAACGCCGCUCACUAGAGCUGCCUCUGCGACAGCCGUCGCGGCGGCGCGGCGUGUGGCGCAGGGAGGCGUGCCCAAUGUAUCGCCGCCGUCCUCGCCGCUCACGGAAGUCAUCUUCGCAGAGCACACAGUACGCCCGCACGGUCGCCAUGGCCACGCCGUCACGCGACGCAAGCGGCUUGGCAUCAGCCUACCGUACCUAUCCACCUUCUUCAUUCGGCCAACGUGGCAAGACUGGAUCAGCAUCGAGGAGCCGUCGCUGCGCGACCGGAAAUGCAGCGCCCUCUCGCCGGUGCACUACGAGACUCCCACGCUACCGACGCGGCAGACGAGCGAUCGGUCCUUCGUACCACUGCAGGUGCCGCCCUACCCCGCGCAUCGCCGCCGAAACGGAAGUCGCGCUGCUCAACCGGGGUCAGAGGGCUACGGCCAAGACGGAGCCUCACCUGCAGCGGGCUCCCCGGACUUCUCCCCCCGACACAGACCCUCACUGCGUUCUUACGGCGCCCUGGAAGAGUCAUGGGAUCAGACGAGCUUACCCGGCACCUCUGACGGCGCGACGGCGUCCUUGCAGGCGUUGCCCAAGACCGCCGUCGACCCCCUCGUCGCCGUCUAUCUCUUCACCCUGAAGUUCUUCUUCUCCCUCAUGUUCCUCGGCGAACUCUUCACUGUGUGGAUCAUGGUGAUCGCUCAGAAAGAUAAUUACAUGGAGCGCACUCUCAUCCAGCGCGACAUCCACGACUGCAAAAGCCAAGACAACGACACGGUGGGGUGCGAGCUGCGCAAGCCGUACUGCUACUACCGCGGCGACGGCCUCGGGUGCGGCGUAGUGGCGCUGCACGGCCUCUACGACUUGACGGUUCUGAACAUCAGCCCACGCAGCCAGCGGUGGAUGUGGGUGGGGGUGCUGAACCUCUGCUUCUGCGUAGUUCUCGUCUUCCUCACUCUCCUGUACCUUAAGAAAGUGGGGAAGUAUGCGGAGGCCGUGAUGGCGAACCAGAUGCGCCACGCGCUCGGCUACCGUGUCGUGUGCGUUCGCGGGCUCGACGCGACCAACGUCUGCACCGACCGCGCAUUUCGGGAGGCAUUUCUUCGGCUCUCCGUCUACUUCCCGCAUGCGUCGCCAUCCCCCUCCGCGUCGGACUCGCUGGCGGCGACGGCGGCAGCAACAAGCCCCAGCAUCGGAGCCCACCGGCGGCGUGGCGGGGGCACGGGCAAUUCACCGGCGCGGCGCGACAACACCAACGGCUUUGAUGUGGAGAGUGACAGUGAGGCCAGCUACCUUGUGUGCGACUUCCCGGGGCUAAACUGCCUCUUCUCCACCGCUGGCAUGCACUACUACGUGGUUCGCCGAUCCGACGCCACCUUCACGGAGCCGGAGAACGUGGAGCAGAUUUUGAUCACACGUGAACCGCCGCUCGGAACGCUUGAAAUCAUCGCCGAAACGGAGGCGGCCAUGGCCAACUUGCAGGAAGCCAUCGCAGACGAGAAGGCGCUGCAGCGUCGCCAGAGGCUGCGGCAUGCGACACGGGCAUCUGCCACGAUGUGGCGAGGCCGCCGCAGCCUCCGCGGUGCUCGGUUCCCUCCAGGGCGAACGGCAAGCGUGGUGGUGAGCAGCAAUGACGUCAUCUUUGAAGACGUGGCAGCGCGGCACAACAGCCAUGCAGACGACAGGAGGGAGGCCGUGCUGAUGAUGCGCGCCCCGUUUCCAUCCUGCUGCGACAAGAUGCCGGCCGUGCCGUACUACGAGGCUGUCUUCUUCCGCUGUGUGCGCAACAUGAACAUGGCACUGGAGCGGGUGCCGCAGCAGCAAGUCGCCGGCGCCGCCUUUGUCGUCUUCAAGAACUCGCUGUGUGCGCACGAGUUCAUGCAGCUCUUCACAGCUCGCUUUGGCGGCCUCUUCUCAUCUUUGACCGCCACCAUUGCCGGGCCGCCGGGCCGCAUCUUCCAGAGCAGCCUCACCGCCGGCCGCUGCGCGCUCUGGUUGCGCUUCGUCUUCAUCUUUCUGCUCUACGUCCUCCUCCUCCUGACCUGGUCCAUCCCGAUCAGUAUCCUGGGCUCGCUGGAGCAGCUGUCAGAGAUUUCAAGCAUAGCGGUGCUGCGAAAGUACUCCGAACUGCCGAAGUGGAUGCGGUCGUUGAUCAAUGCCUACCUGCCCGUCGGCGCGCUCGCCCUCCUCAACAUUGCCCUGCCGCAUAUUAUCCGUUUCCUGGUCCGCGCGAUGGGCGCCUUCAACCGCGCCGAGUGCGACGGCGGUCAGCUCUACAUGCAGUACGUCUUCAUGGUCGUCACGGCUGUCAUCUUCCAGGCCGCCUUCCAAGGCGCUGUGAGCCGCCUCGCAGACCUGCUCGCCAAGCCCGACCAUGACGCGAUCAUCAACUUCUUCGUCUCCUGCAUCUCGCCCAGCAACGGCUACUUCUACGCCAAGGUCAUCACCGCCACGUGCCUCUCCACGUGGGUUGACCUGCUUGACCCCGUAGGAAUUCUGAAGGUGCUGCUCCUCCGCGGGCGGGCGCACAUCCAGCGCAACUACGACGCCCUCUUUCUCCCCUGCGAGUUCGAGUUCCCGCGGCUGCUCAGCUUCGACUUGAUGGUGCUUUCCAUGGGGCUUCUCUUCCACAUGACAGCGCCGCUGCUUGGCCUCCUCGUCGUCUGCUACUUUCUUGUGCGCUACUGGAGUCAACGCGCAAAGCAGUGCGACCGCUAUCGCCCCACCCUGUCCCCAGCGCACGACUGCACCGACUUUGGCGUGGCGGCGCAGGUCAUCCGCUGCGUCAUGUGGUUGUACUGCUUUUCCGAGACGUGCGGCGUGCUCCUCAUGACCCUCCGCGCCCACAGGGGCGGCGUCGUCAUGUGCUCGCUGGCGCUGGGCACAGGAGUGGGACUGACAAUUUACGUCUACUUGCAGACCCGCAAGUGGACGGCGUCGCUGGCGAACGCGCGACACUUUGCGCGGAACGCCCAUCACUUCUAUAGCCAGCACGCGGUCCAGCAGGCGACGUCGGCGCCGACAGUGACAACGCCACUACGGGCUUUCCCGUCCAAGCGCGCCGCAGAGGUGUCCGGUGGCAACGCAGGCACGAACCCUCACGCAACACCCCCAUCCUUGUCGGCUAACCCACCGGCUGGCGUUGCGGCCACCGACGCCUCCCCCUCUCACUUGUAUGCCGGCUCCGAAGACCCGUACGAGAGCGAAGACGACGUAGCUGAGCAGCGAGGCAGCCCCAACACUCGCAACAGCGUCGUGCAGGAAGAGGGUGCCCUCGACCGCUACGAGAACGUCACACUGCAGCAGGUUCUCUUCGACGCCACGCGGAACCCCUUCCUGAGCCACCUGCUGCCUCGUAAGCCGGGGCUGACCAUGCGCUACCAGCCGAAGCACCAGCGGCUUGCGGUCAUCAACGCUGCGGCUGAGCUUCGAGCGAUGAAGAACACGGACUUCGUGGUGGAGCGGUACUGGGACCGUGAGAUGACAUGGUUUGAGGAGGAUGCAGGUGUGUAUAGGGACCUCGACAUGGACGAUGAGUACGUCAGCGAGUACAGGUACGGUGACAUGGCGGAUCUCGACAGCAACGACGGCGACGACUCCAAUCAAGGCAGGGGCGAUGCGCUCCACCCAAUGCACACGCAGCUGAUGGACGGCCAUGAUGUAUCGCCAACUCAGGUCUCUGCCGCGGUGCCGCCAAGCGUGAAGAGCGGGCUGCGCACGGCGGCCACCGUGUUGACAACCGAUCUUUCCAGAGUCGUGCCGGACAACACUAGGCAGCAGAAAACGGCUGUUGUGGCGACGUUCAUGCCCGUGGCGGCCGCCGCGGAGAAUGCGCAAGGCGGUGCGGUAAAUCACAAGCUGACCUAUGCGAGCACGCCCACGGUGGUGACAGCCGCGCACAGCCACGAGGGUAGCAGUGGUGCUCCGGAUCGCCGCUACGCCUCCACCCUGCCGCCACCGCCGCCACUGCGCAGCUACGAGGAGCAGCGAGCCGAUGAUGAGUCGGCACAGUCACUGCUGCAGACGCGCUUGCAAUGCAGUGACCCAUCCCCGCCGCACACAACGCUGGAGGCCAACGACAUCCUCUGCGUCGUGACCGAGCCAGUCAUGUCCAACGACGAGCCACCGUCUCCGACGGGGUAG